AAGAAGAUGUGCUCGGUGUGGCCGGUAGGGAGAGUUAGAGAGAAACUGAGUGAUUCUGAGGGAGUUUCAGCUUCAGUCCGAACACAACACUGCUGCAGUCUUCCACAGAGAUCCCGUUAUGAUCGCGAGCACGGACCCGAUGCUGCUGAUCCUGAGCCGGGCUCUGCUUCUCUCGCUGCUGCUGGAGGCUGCGCAGUUGGGCUCAGCGGGCGUCUGCAGGCCGGGAUUCUCCGAGGACCUUUACACUGCAGUGAUGCCUGAGCGAGUUCUGCCGGGCCGGCCCCUGAUCACGGUGAAGUAUGUGGACUGUGGCAGAGAAGCUCAUGUGAGGUUUGAAUGCAGUCAGCCUGGAGACUUUGGGAUAUCAGUGGAUGGGGUUGUGUUCGCCCUGCGGCCGCUGCAUGAGUCCCACUCCUGGACAUCACCUCUGCUCAUCAGAGCCCAGGAUGAAGACACCCAGCAGCAGUGGCAGACUCGGGUCAGACUGCUUCCCACCAGAGACCAUCCAACAAUGGAUCGAGAUGUGCUGAGGGGAGAUAUACCAGAGAUAGUGUUUCCGUCCCAUCAGAUAGACAUGUCUCUCAAACGCACAAAGAGAGAUUGGGUUAUUCCUCCUAUUAAUGUGGCAGAAAACUCAAGAGGGCCUUUCCCAAUGGAGCUGGUCAGGAUUCGCUCAGAUAACGAUGAGAAGGUGAGUUUGCGUUACAGCGUGACGGGUCCCGGCGCUGACCAGCCGCCCACCGGAGUCUUCUCUAUUGACCCCAUCUCAGGCCUCCUGACGGUCCUUAAGCCCCUGGACCGCGAACACCUGCCCAGCUUCAACCUGAGGGCACACGCUGUGGAUCUGAACGGUAAUCAGGUGGAAAACCCCAUUGACGUCAUAAUCAACGUUAUUGAUAUGAAUGACAACCGACCAGAGUUCAUCCAGCAGAUCUGGAAUGGAAGUGUUCCUGAAGGCUCUAAACCAGGCACGUCAGUAAUGACAGUGACGGCGGUGGACAAGGAUGAUCCCGGAACUCUAAACGGCCAGCUGCGUUAUAAGAUUGUGUCUCAGAAUCCCAGCAUCCCCAGUCCAAACAUGUUCACCAUUAACAACAGGACGGGAAGCAUCAUCACUGUUGCUGCUGGGCUGGACCGAGAGAAAGUGCCUCAGUACACACUGAUUAUUCAAGCCACUGACAUGGAAGGAAACCCUAUGUAUGGUCUUUCUAACACAGGAACUGCUGUUAUCACCAUCACAGAUGUCAACGACAACCCUCCGGAGUUUACCUCUGAGACCUUCUUUGGCACGGUACCAGAGAACCAGGUCAAUGUAAUUGUGGCCAACCUGACAGUAACAGACAAAGACCAGCCCAACACAGGAGCGUGGAAGACCAUCUACAAGAUAACAGCUGGUGACCCCAUGGGCCAUUUCUCUGUGCCCACUGAUCCCAUUUCUAAUGAAGGCCUGGUUACUGUCGUCAAGUCCAUUGACUAUGAGAUCAACAGAUCAUUUGUGCUGAUGGUGGUGGCACUAAAUGAGGUUCCUCUGGACAAAGGCAUCCGUCUGCCCCGUCAGUCCACGGCCACCGUCUCCAUUCGUGUCACUGAUGUCAACGAGAGCCCGUAUUUCCAGCCCAACCCUAAAGUGCUCCGACUGCAGGAGGGCAUGCAGGCCGAGUCUGAGAUCACUGUCUUCACCGCUCAGGAUCCAGACCGCUUCGAGCAGCAGAGCCUCAGGUACAGCACGUUGUCUGACCCUGCGAACUGGCUGAGAAUCGAUCCCAUAAGUGGACGGAUCACAACCAUCGCUGUUUUAGACAGAGAGUCUCCAUUUGUUCAAGACAAUAUCUACACAGCUACGUUCCUCACCAUUGACAGCGGGAUUCCUCCGGCCAGCAGCACCGGGACUCUGCAGAUCCUUCUCCUGGACAUAAAUGAUAAUGCUCCGGAGGUAUUCCCGCCAGAGGCAGAGAUGUGUGAAAAACCUGAGAACAACGGCAUUAAUAUCACAGCAUUGGAUGGAGACAUGGACCCCAACACUGGACCCUUCUCCUUUGAGCUGCCUUUACAACCCAGCGAUGUCAGGAAGAACUGGACAAUCACGCGUCUCAGUGGUGAAUAUGCACAACUCUCUCUUAAAAUUGACUUUCUGGAGAGUGGACUCUAUCGGAUUCCCAUUAUAAUCACAGACUCCGGUGACAUGCCUCUGUCCAACACCUCGUAUCUGCGAGUGAAGGUGUGUCAUUGUGAUCAUAACGGUGACUGCACGGAUCAGGAGCGCAUCAUGAGCGCUGGACUCGGCACAGGAGCAAUCAUAACCCUCUUGCUCUGUAUAAUCACCCUCCUCAUCCUUGUGUUGUUGUUUGUCAUGUGGAUGAAAAGGAGAGAUAAGGAACGGCUAGUCAAGCAGCUGCUGAUCGACCCAGAGGAGGACAUAAGAGACAGCAUCCUGAAAUAUGAUGAAGAGGGAGGAGGGGAGGAAGACCAGGAUUAUGACCUGAGCCAGCUGCAGCAGCCAGAUAUAGAGACUGAUGGCCUCAAGGCCAUUGGCAUCCGUCGGAUGGAUGAGAGACCCCUGCACCCUGAGCCCCAUUACCCUGUCAGAUCCACCGCACCUCAUCCUGGAGAUAUUGGAGAUUUCAUCAGCGAGGGUCUGAGGGCUGCUGAUAAUGAUCCUACUGCUCCACCGUACGACUCCCUCUUGGUGUUCGACUACGAAGGUAAUGGAUCUACUGCAGGAUCACUCAGCUCAAUCAACUCCUCUAGCAGUGAUGGAGACCAGGAUUAUGAUUACCUCCACGACUGGGGUCCUCGCUUCACCAAACUAGCUGACAUGUAUAGUGGAACAGACGAGUGAAAGACAAGCAGAAGAACACCACGACUUUGUCCCUUGUUUCAGUGGAUGAAGACAGCUGCAGAUAUGGGUUUAUAUGUAUCAAUACAAGCAAACACAAGUUUCUAAGGCUAAAUGUCAAGGCUUAAAGUAAUAGUACAUAGAUUGUAGAGUAUGAUAAAUGCUCGGCUACUUGAACUUUACAGUAUAGAAGCACAGGGAUUUAAUGUGCCUUUAUGUACAUUUUUGUGAUCUGAUUGAUUUAUGUUCAAGGCUUUAAUUAUACUGACUUAAGGAGUGAUUUUGAGACUUCAGGAUGUGUUCAGCUAUGAAACAAAUGAUCAUGCUUUUCUCUUUUGGUUACAAACUUUUUUCAAAAAAAAAAAAACAUUUAACUCAUUUUUGUCACAAAGUAAAGAUUCGCUGGCAGAGCAGACAAAGUGUACACUAUGAAGCUCACUAGAUUCUUAAGUAAAAUAAUUUGUUCAACAACAAUUUAACAUAUGCAUAUAGUUUGAAAUAAAAAAAGUGACAUAAUAAA